UUCCUACCAUCAACACAAACGAGCAUCAGCUCACUGAGACAGUUCAAGAAAAUCAAACUAGCUCUGUUCAACUUCGCAAGUCCACUAGGAUCACAAGUCAGUUUUCACUCCCAGCAGCGCGGCAAGAACAAGAAGUAUAGGAGAAGCCAUGGCUGGUCCGGCGAAGGCAUCGUGGAUGGUGGCCAUGAGCGUGGGCGCGGUGGAAGCGCUCAAGGACCAGGCCGGGCUUUGCCGCUGGAACUAUGCCCUCAGGUCCAUCCACCGGGCAGCCAAGGCCAACGUCCGCGGCGGCGUCUCGCAGGGCAGCAAGCAGCUUCCGGCCUCCGCGUCGGCGGUGGCGGAGAGGCGGCGAGCGGAGAAGGCCGAGGAGGGGCUAAGAACGGUGAUGUACCUCAGCUGCUGGGGCCCAAAUUAGGAGUACUAGUUGGUUAGGGGUGUUGUGUUCGUUGCAGCUUGUGCUUAUACUUAUGCGACAACCCCAUGACCGUUUGUAAAUACAGCACGAUGAUGAUGAUGAUGAAAAUUUCGGCUAUGAAUUUAUAUUA